UCGUAUCAUCAGUUGUAGUCGCGAUGGGGCCGCGUACGCUGCCGUACUCUGUGUGCACGAUUUUGUUACGUUAUUGUGUGUCGUCGCCGGUCUCGUGGUACCGGGUGUAGGGUCGGAGUGUCGCUAUCGUUCGCCGGUCACCAGUGCUGCGCGAUCAGCUUCGGCGCGUGGUACAUACGCGGUUAGAUCACGUACAAGUUUUUACUUCGCUAGUUAUUCAACAUACCAUGUCAGUUUAUUUACAGUGAUGUUGUGUAAAACUGAUUUAUGAACAUAAUUUAAUACGGGUGGAGAAUUGCCAUCGCUGUUAGUUUAUACGGAUUUAUAAUAAAAAAAUCAAAGGAAUGGAUUGGACUGAACCUAGUAAAGAAACAUUUUUAGCAAGAUUAAAACUAAUUUUUACUAUAAGGUGAUAUUGUCAAAAAAGAAACAGUGGUAAAAAGUCAACAUGGAUUCAAACAUACAUUCAGUGUUGUGAAAUUUGUGUGGUGAAAGAGAUGAAGAUGGAGGGUGGAGUGUUGAGUGUUACGAGCAAUAAUAACAGAUUCCGAUCACAUCUGAAAAAUGCAGCUAGUGCGUUAUGUGCCGGGACACUACCGAAGCAAAGGCGAGGCGAGCCAGCCGCGGUCAGCAGUGCUCGGCACCACACUUAUCCACGCGCCACGCCGCCUAAACGGGCAGCUAUCGCCUGCCGAAUGGAGCCUUUACCGCUCGCCUGCACCCCAACUCUGCAUCCUAAAGCCUUCGAGCCACCCCAACAGAUAAAACAUGACGUCAUCGAGGAUCAAGCUACAAACAGAUCUAACACCCUUAUCAAAUGGAAGGGAACAGUAGCCAGGGAGGUAGCCAGUGCAUGGGAGUGCCGUGUUGGUCCGCCCGACCAACCGGCCUCAGCCGAUCGCGUGCAGAGCCUCUUCAACGACAUCGAAUUAUACCCUACUAAGACCCAGGUAUUCGAGAUGCUGGUAUGUGCACGGCAGUGUGCCCGUCGCAAGUCGCUUACUCUCACAUUCGGAGAAUUCUGCGUGUUCGCCGCUGAACUGCGCCGCUGUUCGAGGCAAGCCAGGCAAAGUUCGAACAAGCCAGAGUCGCCGCAAUGGAGUGUAGACAAGGAGCUCAGAGAUAAAGACAUCUGUAAACAUGUAAACGGCAGCGAGGCGCCACCUCCGCCCUGCGAGGUGUUCCUGGGCGGGUCCUGCAACCCUACAACUUGGAGAUCGGACAUAGCCAUUCCGAUGCUGAAGAAAAUGGGCAUCACAUAUUUUAAUCCGCAAGUGGACGAUUGGAGCACGGAUCUAGUGGAAGUCGAGCACCGUGCGAAGGCCGCGGCGCGUGCGCUGUUAUUCGUGUUGGACAGCGAGACGCGGGCCGUGGCCGCCAGCGUGGAGGCGGCGCACCUCGCCGCAGCGCCGAGGGAUCUGCUCCUGGUGCUGCGACCCUACACACGCCAUCAGACCAUCGGACACGAGGCUAUCUCGGACCAUGAGUACGUGGAGUUAUCUCGAGCUCGAGCGACGUUACAAGAGGCAGUGGAGAGGAGAGGCCUACCCGCCUUCACGGAUAUUCCUGCUGCAUUAAGAUGCGCGCGGGCAGUACUGCGCGGGGCGCGCACACACCCGCGACACUCACUCGGGCACACCAUCCUGCGCCUGAAGCGCGCGUACGACGCCGCGGGCGGCAGGAACACGCGCCUGCCGCGGGCCAAGGCCGUCGACGCUCUGAAGGACAUGACGCGAGUCCCCCGUGAUCUCGCUGACCGCUGCCUGCCGCCCUCCCCUGACAUAGACUUCGAAGCAUUCUGCGCAGCAGUUGCCGAACUCGCUGCUGACGCAGAGUUCCGCAGUCGUAGCGGUCAGGAGUCGGAGGCGAGUGGAGGGGAGGCGCGCAGCGAGGCUCGCGCUCACGAGCCCGCCGCGAGGGACAACGGCCUGCGACUCGUCAACCCUCGCCUCAAGGCAUACGGGAGGAAGCUUGGUUUAUUCAUUCCUAAGAAUGGUGGGCAUCGCGCGGCUGCGGAUAGUCCACUGGGCGUGGGCGUGGGCAGCGUGGGCAGCCCGGUGGCGGAGGGCGCGGACUCGGUGUUCACUCCGGGCACGGAGCGCCGCCUCGAGCGCCUGCCCGCCAUGCUGGGCGCGCCCACGCACGACGUCUAUCUAGGCGGCACCUUCCCCUGUCAUACAACGCGACCGGAGGACGUAAUGCGGCGAGAAGGUUUCACGUACGUCAUACCACGAGCCAACGACUACACGCGCAUGUUCUCAACGCCAGCGCGGAGGGCGGCGCCCGCGCACCCCGAGUCACCGCGACGCGACAAGAAGCCGCGGCCCGCUAGCUUACUACUGGAGCCACAAACAACGCCAGAGUCGCACGACACGUACGAGGACGUGCAGCUGCGUCAACGCACGCCCGACGCCGAGCGACACGACAGGAACGACCGCCUCAGCGCCUCCGACUUCUAUACCGUCACUGAGGAUGUUACGCCACAGCCUUUUAAAGGUACAUACGACGAGGACUUAUUACUAGGGUCGCGCGUGUUGGUUUUCGCUAUGAGCUCGGACGCGCCGUGCUUCUCGGCGAUGGUACUAGCUGCACAUUACAUGGGUCUGCGGCCCGCAAAUACCGUACUACUCGUGCAGCCCAUGGACCCCAAAAAAGCUCCUAAUUAUAGUGAAGCAGCCGUCAAGGAUUACAACCGUGGUCGUCACUACCUCUCAGACCUAGCGAAGCGCUCCGGCAUCCCAGUCUUCGAUAACGUGGACUCGACGAUGGCGUGCGUCGUCAGCCGACUGCGGAUGACGCUAUAGCACCAGUAAACCGGGACUAAAUUAUACCUUAAUUAUAUGUAGAUGUUAAAAAUAGAUAAACAAUACGCGGACUCGAAUAUCGUUUGUCACCGCUAUAUCGGAGAUAGUUCACAGCCGGUAGUGAUAGACGUCCAAUAUGUUAAAAUGUCCGCCGCUUCGAAUUUAUAUUAGUAGAACACUACGAAAGUUGAAGCGAAUCUCAUGUAAAGCAUUGUCGUUUUGUUCGCGAUCGUUUCGUAUACGUAAUUUCACAGCAAUGCUUAGAGAAGCGGCUAAUAUCACAACUCAUUUAAUAAAGACAUCACAAAUGUAAUUCAUCAUAAAAUAAUCAUAGGGUAAUUAUUUUUACUUGCGUGGCGAAAAGUCUCAUAAGUGUGUACUUAUUAAUUUCAAGACGUUUAGUUUAGUACAAAGAAUGUCUCUCUUUUACUUCAUCACUCUCUAUUGCAUUAUGUCUAAUGUAAUAUCUAGAUAUUAAAGUAAAUAUAAUUUAAUGAAUAAUUGAGCGAGAAUGGAUGGUGACGGUAAUAAGGUUAUCUUGAUGAGGGUAUAACGUGAAGUAACAUGAGUGGAGUAAUUUUAUGCUUAUUAUUAAAACAACGGAGCGAAUGUUAUGUGUGUUUACCAGAAAAAAAAACCCAGAUUGGGGACCAAAAUAUUAACAAUAACCAUGACUCUCAGUCCUUAAAGACAACAUGAACAAUAUAAAUAAUUUCUUUUUGUCUUGUCAUGUCUAUAGGAAUCCAAACUAAGUUGAAAUAAAAAUUUGUCGCAAGCGGCUUUCGUUGGCACAUUAUCACUCCAUUCCUAAUUACUUCAUGGGAUAUAACAAAUCUCUGUGAUGUUUGUAUAGGAAAAUUUUAUAGUAAACUUUCAAUGCAUAAGCAUAUAAUUAGAUGAUAACUAUAACAUUAGUAUUGUUGCAAAGGCAGGUACAGGUAGGAAGGAGUUAGACGUUGUAAAAGAAAUAAUAUCGUAAGGUACACGCAACGAAUAACAAUGGAAUAUGAAAGUGAAACACAUAACUAAUUACAAUAACUUUAUCUUUGAGAUUGAUUGUACUUUCGAGAAUAUAACGUCAUUUCAAGUUGA